ACAAUUCUUAAGAGUAGAGUUUGGAAAGAAAACACAGAGCUUCCAAGAGGUGAAGAAAGUGAAGAGACUAAUGGAGCUGAGUGCUUCUGUUUGUCAGGUGAGAAUUGAAGGGACAGCAAAAGGAACUGGCUUCCUUCUGUUUGACAAGUUCAUCCUUACAAACGCCCAUGUUGUCCAUCAAAUCUAUGAGCCGAUAACUAACACGCUGCAACAAUCAGUAACGGUCACGUUUGACUUUGAAGACCUGGGUGAGAAAACGCAGCAGAUACCAGUGAAAAGUGAGGUUGUAGCCUAUGGAAAAGUUGAUUCUGGGAAUCUUGACUUUGCUUUGCUGGAGCUUAGCUCAGAUCCUCACCUCACCUUGCCUUUAAGCUUGCUUGACAGCUUCAGCUUUCCGUCUCUAGAGGGUGGAAUCUGCAUCAUCGGCCACCCUGAGGGCGGGGUGAAAAAGACAGACCCCUGCUUUAUCAUUCAACAUGGAGAUCGUAAACAAGCUGUAGAAAAACAUGUAACAGAAAAUAAGGAAUUCUUUUAUGUCAUAAACAACAGAUAUUUUGAGGAGAACUGUGACAUCACACAUCUCCUGAGGGACACAGAGAAGAUUACCUAUGACAGCUGUUUCUUUCACGGUGCCUCUGGCUCUCCAGUCUUCAAUGAGUACUGCCAGCUGAUAGCUAUGCAUACAGCAGGCUACUCCUACCAGGGUAAAAGAGGGAAAACCCAGAGUAUCAUAGAGUAUGCCAUCCCCCUGUCAGGCAUACUUGAGGAGAUCAUCAUCCAAGCGGUGCGUAGGAAAAGAGUUGAUGUGCUACAGGGAUUCCUGAGCCACAGGAGUCAGAAAUUUGACGUAGUGAUGGAAAGAGUCAAGACACAGUCUGAUAAUGCCAGCCUGGUCAAGGCAUUUCAGGAGAAGCUGCCGUCCAAAAGGAACACUUCAGCUACAGAUCAGAGAGAGCAGAGAACCUUCCACCACUUCCUCUUUGAUAAAGACGAUGCCACAGGUGUCGAAGCCAUGGAGGUGGAUGAUGACCAGUGGUGGAAAAAGUGCCCAGUUGUCAUAUUUGAGUAAAAGUAAAGAUACCUUAAUAGAAAGUGACUCAAG